AAGACAGCAGGAGGCGCCAUGGCGGCGCUGCCCAUUGCGCCGGGCCAAGUCUACAUCGAGGUGGAGUACGAUUACGAGUACAAGUCCAAAGACCGAGUGAUUGCCAUCCACCAGGGAGAAUGCUACAUGCUGGUCCAGAAGACCAAUGAGGAUUGGUGGAAAGUACGCAGGGAGGAGGGCAGCAAAGCCUUUUAUGUACCCGCCCAGUAUGUCAGGGAGGUCCGCAAAGCCCUCAUGCCACCCCCCAAGACUCUACCGCACCACCCUGUCUCUACCGGGAACUCCCCGCCUCAUCACCCCGUUUCUGCUGGGAGUACCCCUCCUCAUCACCCUGUCUCCACUGGGAACACCCCACCCCAGAACACUGGUGCUGUCUGGGUAAAACCAGCCACUCUGGAUCUGGCACUCCAGAACUCCAUCAUGGAGAAUCCCGACAGGCUGGAGUACCAACCUGCACGCUCACCCUCAGCUCAUUCCGUUUCAUCACUCCAUUUAACGCCGCCCGUCCAGCGGCGGAACAGUAACCACCACCAGCACAGUCCCAGCACCCCAACCGGUCCUGAGCGGUCUAUCGCCGAAAUCCUGGCCCAAAGUGUUGUACCCACACCUCCCCAACGAAGAAGCACACUGCCCCGAGCACGGGCGAGGGCCCAAUCGCCAGAGUUGGUCAGGGCCCCACUGGACGUGGAUAGCCCCCCGGUCUCAGCAGGCGAAGACCGACGGACUAACGACUCAGAAUCUGGAGACGAGCUGAGCAGCAGUUCUACAGAACAACUCCAGAGCAUUUCAUCGUCGGGCCGUGGCCGGCCAGACUCGCCUGUGUACAGCAACCUGCAGGAGCUGAAGAUCACGCAGUCUGUGGCGCCCCCCCUUCCGGCGGGUGCUCCCUUGCAGAUUCUGGGUGACUGGGAGUCAUACAAGGACCAGCACGGACGCCUCUUUUACUACAACCGCUGCAGCCACGAGAGGACUUGGAAACCUCCCCGAGCCCGUGAUGCCAGUAGCUCCCGUGGAGACAAUGCUAGCACAGGAGAAAGUGCAGAGAGCACUCCCCUAUCGCUCUCGCCGUCUUUCUUCCCCUUUCUGUCGCUGUCGGUGGGCCGCCUGGGGCCUCUGUGUUCUGAGGACGCGUGCUUCAGCGCAGACUCCAGCUUGUCUGACAGCCAGUAUGGCUCGCCGCCUCGCGGCUGGUCGGAAGGGAUGGACGAGUACGGUCACACGCUGUACGUCAGUCACUAUACUAACGAGAAGUGGUUAAAACACAUGGACGAGCAGGGUCGGCCAUAUUACUACAGCGCAGAUGGUUCCAGGUCCGAAUGGGAGUUGCCAAAGUACAACCAUUCUCCACCACAACACCUUGCCGAUGCCACCAAAACUCGCAGUUUGGACAGGAAGAGCGUGGAGCCUAUUGUCCUAAUGAAGUGGAGACACAGUGCUUAUGUCCAAGAGCCCAGCGACAAGCGGAUGUUGAAACUCAGACCAGUCCGGACCGGUUCCGCCCGCCUGCAUCCGUACAAGCAGCAAGAUUCACUUCUGAGCCCCACACCCCCCUCACCAGACUCUGACUCCAGUCCCUCUUCACCUAGGCGCCCUGCCUCUCCUUCAGAGAAGUGCGGUGUGCUCAAUGUGACAAAGAUCACAGAGAAUGGCAAGAAAGUUAGGAAGAACUGGACUUCCUCCUGGACCGUUUUACAAGGUUCCACGCUGCUUUUCACCAAAGGCCAAGGAGGAGGUUCUAGUUGGUUUGGCGGCGGUCAGUCAAAACCUGAGUUCACGGUGGACCUGAAAGGCAGCUCGGUGGACUGGGCCACCAAGGACAAAUCCAGCAAAAAGCAUGUGAUAGAGGUCAAGACCCGGCAGGGCACGGAGCUCCUGAUCCAGACGGAAAAUGACAUCCUCGUCAACGAGUGGUACCGAGCGCUGAGGGACACCGUCGGCAGCCCGGCAUGUGAGUCGGACGAGGCGAUCGAAGAAGACAUGCCCGAGUCACCCGGAGCCGAAAAGCAAGAUAAAGAAAAAGAACGCAGAGACUCCAAGAGAGGCAAAACCAUGAAGACCUCGGGCAGCGUGGAUGGAGCCGACAACAAAAAGACUAAACACAAGCUCAAAAAGUUUCUCACGCGGCGGCCCACCCUCCAGGCCGUCAGAGAUAAGGGAUACAUAAAAGAUCAGGUGUUUGGAGGCAGCCUGUCCAGCUUGUGCCAGAAGGAAAACAGCACGGUGCCCUCCUUUGUCAAGAUGUGCAUGGAGCACGUGGAGAGCAACGGUCUUCAUGUCGACGGCCUCUACAGAGUCAGCGGGAACUUGGCCCUCAUCCAGAAGCUGCGCUUUGCCGUCAAUCACGACGAGAAGGUGAGCCUGUCCGACAGCAAGUGGGAGGACAUCCACGUGACCACUGGAGCUCUAAAGAUGUUCUUCAGGGAGCUUCCUGAGCCACUCUUCACCUACACACUCUUUCACGACUUUGUCAGCUCCAUCAAGAUUCCUGACUACAAGCAGCGGGUGCACGCCAUUAAAGAACUUGUCAGACAGCUGCCCGAGCCAAACCACGACACCAUGCGGGCCCUCUUCAAACACCUCCGCAAGGUGAUCGAGCACAGUGAAGAAAACCGCAUGACCAACCAGAGCGUGGCCAUCGUGUUCGGCCCAACGCUGCUCAGGCCCGAGACGGAGACGUGGAACAUAGCCGUGCAUAUGGUCUACCAGAACCAGAUCGUGGAGCUCAUCCUGCUCGAGUAUGACCAGUUCUUCGGCAGGUAG